AUGCAAAAAUUCAUCUCAAUAGCUCAGAAUGCAUGGGAAAUGUUUAUAUCUGAAAGGAAGCCUGACUGGAAGUAUCAGAUGCAGCUUUUUGCAGUUUGCUCUGCAGUUGGCUUCCUCUCCAGCAUUCUGUUUUUCCUUAGCAUGCACUUCUCCUUGGCACACCAUUCCUUGGGGCCCUUACUGAUUUCUGGAUUCAUCUGGAUUUUGCUUUCUAUCAUGCUCUUUUGUUUCAAGCACCUGCGCUGUUUUAGUGUUCUGUUCCUCCUUUCUUGUGGACUGAAAAAUGGCAGGGAUGCUCUUAUUACUGCUGGCACAGGUGUUGUGGUGGCCAGCAACAUUCAAAAUAUUUUUCACAAUUUAAAGGUUCUGGCAGACAGUAUAACCUGUCAUUUAAAGCAUGAGCAAUUUGCCUUGAUAAAAUAUUAUAUUGAGGCAAUAAAAUGGGUUUAUGAGGUAGCCAAACCUCCUGCUGAGCUACCUAAAGAUAUAGUGGUCCUAAAGCAUGAAUUCACACCAUCUUAUUCAAUUUUAGAUGACGCAUUAAAAAAAGAGCUAAAUGACACAGAGCAAGAAAUCCAGAGAAUUACUAACCAGAUAUCUUUUAUGUUGACUAUACUGCCCUAUAUAGGUCAGAAAGUAUUGCCUAUAUUUGGGGUUUUUCUAGUUUCUUUUGGAACUGGCCUCUUUAUCAAAAAAUUUGUGGGUUCUCAUAGUACCAAAUUUAAGAAUACUUAUAUCACAAAACAGUUCAUUGCAUUUGAUGAGCACCAAAAGCAACAGCAAAGACCCUGUCUUCUGCCACUUAACAGAAAAGAGAAAAAAGAUUAUGUGAUGAUCCCAUCCUUCUUCUUCACAAGAAAGGACAGGAAAAAAAUGCUGUGUUCUUUUCUCCCUAUAAUUAUUCAUCUUUGCAUCUGGCUUCUGUUUGUUGCAGUAGACUCGGUGUUUUAUUUGUUAAUUAUUUUUGUGAACAAAUAUCUCCAAGAAGUACCGGAUCUGGACAUUCAACUCAGUCUCUUUCAGAAUAAGAAUGAGAAAAGCUAUAUAAUUUCUAUGAAAGAGCAUAUUGCCAAGACUGAUUCUUUCAAGAUCCCUCUGGUUAAGCAAAACUGCAUCCCUCAUCCUGAGCUCGCUCUCUCCACAACAUGGAUUCAGCUUGGAGUCAUCAUCUUCUUCUUAAUAAUUUUUGGGUUAUUCUCUGGCCUCCUGACCCAACUUAAAAUACUCGUGUCAACUUCCUUUUAUCCUGAUACCGAGAUGAAACGGAUACAUUAUUUACAUGCAAAAUUACUCAAAAAAAGAAAAAAGCUACAAGAGAAAACUGGGAAGAACACGUUUGCAAGAACGGUCAACUUUUGGUUUCCAAUACUCAAUGCAAGAGAGGCAGUGAGGAAGAAAGAAAGGAGUGUAGCAGCAUGACAGGAUGAUGUGAAAGAGACCAAGUAAAUCUUUGGAUAUGGCUGAGAUUCUUUAGUUCCACCUGUGCUUUGCACCAUUUGUCCUAUUGAAUGUCAAUUGUAAAAUGUAAAAAUUUCACACUCAAAGGCUGAGAAGCAGUAUUUUGGAAAAGAUGCCAUUGUGGAUAGUGUGCAGUUCACCACAGAUUGCUCUGGAUUGCAUUAACAGUUUUUUUCACUUUGGAGUUUGCAUUAUUGAGUACUUGAGAAAAUCGUGGAUGAUCUGUUAUUCUGUCUAAAAGCAAUAAAAUAGUUUGGACAUUUUAGGUCUACAUCAGAAACCUCUUUGGGUUGAGCUAACAGAAGAUGUAAUGACAGCAGCAGGUUUGUCUUCUUCACGUUUGCCAGACACUGAAGACAGAAGACACAGCAGAGGCUGUGCAUCCAUUGCCUUCUGGGAUGGCCAAAAACUGGGACUUAGAUGUUUCUAGACAUUUUUAUCUAUUUCUCAAGCCUCAAGCCCUUCAGCCUGGA